AUGGCAGAGCAGAGAGCACAAGAUGUGGUAAACCAAUCUCAGUCGGUGGGCGAUCUUUCGCCUUCCGACGCACCUGCGACCACAUCUACACCUGAUAUCAAAGUGUCUGGGGACGAUAUUGGCAGGAGUAAUGUUGUGGUGGAAACAGAGAUUGCGCCAAAAGAGAAUGGACUCCACACAGUGUCAAGUCUCAAAAUGGAAGAUCUCGAGGAUGGUUCUGUCCGCUCAGACACAGAUACGAGCCGCGCCGAGGGGAGUGUCGCCGGUGACAAAGCCACGGAACCCAAACCUUUGAAGAAAUUCGCUGCGAAACCCAUCACCUUCGCAAAGUAUGCGGUGCCCAAGGUCAAUACUGCGGGCGCCGCUGCAAAAGCCAACGAGAAAACACCUACGCCCCAUUCCUCAACCUCGUCACUCGCCCAGGCAGGGCGUCCACGAUUAGUGGCAAAAGCUGCGAGCUCCUUACAGUCCAAGACAAAACCGUAUCAGAGCGCCAGCCCGGAUCCCAUGCAGGUAUGGAACAAAAACAGAGUUACCCCACAACCCUCCACGAAGCACUUGACCGAUGAAGAGCUUAAGCAGCAAUACGGAAUCCAUCUGACCUCCCGAAUUCAAGCGGACACUGAAGGGAAAGAGGCGAAGUGGGCAGAUAUUGAUGACGAUGAAGAUGACUGGGCUCCAGAAACCAUUGAAUGGAACGACGGCACCAAGAGCACACUGACUCAUACCGAUGUCACUCUUCAACCCGCACAGAAGCCCGCGUCUCCUUCCGACGCCGGAGAUAAGUCAAAACCUAUCAAUGCCUCGAAGCCCACCGCACCUCAAUUCGCAAGCUCAGUCGGUCCGAAUGCGACCGUCCUCAAACUGGGCGCAAAUGCCGAACGUCAGCAGGCGCAGAAGGCCGCGACUCUGCAGGCCAAGACCACUACCGACAAACCAUCAAUCCUUACGAAGGCGACUCCAGCACCCGCUCCAGCGAAAUCCCCAUGGGCUGCCUUGCCUCCGGUUGACAAAAUCUCUCCAGUUUCGAUCAAUCCUCAACCAAUACCCCCCUCGGGCCGAUUUCUGCCCAACCACGCAUAUGGGCAAAGUCCAUCGUCAGUAACGGCGCCAUCGCCGGCCAGAGAGAUCUCGGCGGAUGACUUCAAUCGCUCAUGGCGAGAUUCAGUACCAGGUCAACAACGAGAAUUGUAUGUACCGAAUUCUGGCCGCUAUGAAGCCGUGCCGGAACCACGACGACGGAUGUCAAGGAAUGAGCAAGGAUUCCGGGCACCUGCUUUGUUGCAGAGGCCUGCCCAAAAUGAUCCCCACGCUCCUGCAGAACCUUCACCAGCCUUCCAGACCAAUCGAACAAGCACCGAUCAAGCUCGACGUAGAGCGUCGUCUACCAUUUCCGGGGGUAGUGGGCAAUUCGGCCGAAGGAUGUCCAUAAAGUCAGGAGAACUGCCUGCCCCGAGCGUUGAUACUCAAAGACAUGAAUCCGAACCUGCAAUUCGGCCAACUUCAAGAGAUGGCCCGCUUUCCGCAACUCAAACACCGACAUAUCAGGUUCAUGGGACGGGUGAUUCCAUAUCUGUCCCCGCUACCUCUGCAACGGAUGCGGAUAUUGAAGCUCAACGAGCUCAACAAAGAGCUUUGAUGAAAGAGAACAUUGAACGGGCCAGAAAGCGCAAGAUAGAAGAAGAACAACGUAUGGAAGCGGAGAAACAAGAGCGUAUUCGUCAGAAGCUGGCGUCCCUCGGGCCCGACCCCAAGCUUGCUAAAAAGUCAGAGGAAGCCGGAAAAGAAAAAGGAGCCUCGGGAAAUGAAGGAAAGAAGGACAAUCAGCCGUCUCCUAUAUCUGCACACCCCGUUGCUGCCAAUGUAAACACGACCACGACCACGACGACUACUCAUUCCCCACCCAAACCACCCCAGCCGCUUGCUUCUGGUGAGCCACAACAGUACGGCAUGAUGAAGGUGCAUCCCUUGGACUCGGUCAAAAAGAUGGCUACUUCAUUACCCCGACCUCCGGAGCCACAAAGGUUGCCUGUUCGGGAAAAGGUCGAAACCGGCACAGCUGAUCAAGCCAAGCAGGAAACACUCCAAGUCCCUUCUCCCACCAUCAACGGUGUCAGGACUGUGCCGGAUGUGCGACGAACCAGCGGCCAAGAGCCAGCUCCCGUUUCUGAGCCGAGUCCCAAAUUACCUAAACCGAGUUCAGUUGCCAACGAUGCAAGAAGCGGAUGGGGAGAUGUACGCCAUGAUCAUCGUGCCGCCCAAUCGGCCAACCUUUGGGGCCUGCCCAACAACAAGGCUCUCGGAAACGGCACCUUUGAUUCAGGGCUGGCGGGAUAUUCGCCGCAAGAUCUGUCAAGGACAUCAUCCACCGCAGCCGGGUGGAUGAAUGGUCGAACGCCUCACUCCGGCCGUUCCCCCCAGAUACAGCAUGUCAAUCACAUCCUGGCAGACAACAGAUCGUACUCGUAUCAGUCCGUGACCUCUCCGGAUCAGGGUCCGCUCGCAGCUGAUAGUGAGGCUGACUCGCUAUUUCCUGCGACAAAACCUGCGCCUAUCGCUCCACCACAACCUCAACAAACCCAUCCCGGCAUGAAUGGCUUGCCCCCGGGGCAGAGGCAAAACGGCGUGGACUCUUGGAACAACUUCCAAGCGGCUGCAAAUCAACAAGAACGCGCAGAAAAUGAGCGGAUACAGCGGGAGAUGACAGCCAGGCGCGAAGAGGAAGUUCGGAGUGGUAUCCGGCAAGGCCCUGGUUACACCUUCAAUGAGACAUGGAAGCAGGUGCAGGUUGGCGAUCAGGCAGCACGAUCAAUUUCGGGCGUCACGCAGUCAUCCGUGCCCGCAUCCAACGUCUUUGGUGCCGUAGGGUCGUUGCCUAGCACGGAUAUCGGCCCACGGACGAUGCAUGGACCUCCUGGUCGAGGCUCGAGAUUUUUCCCUCAACCCAUCGGACCGCAACAUCCGCUUCAUGAUCGACGUGCAGUCACUUACAGCCACCCCGAGCCGCCGAGAACACCAUCACCGCCUCCCGCAGAGGAAUAUGCCAGCCUUCACCCUGCUUUCGACGGAGACUUCACCCGGCCAGUUGUGCACUUCCCACAAAAACCUGUGGUCAAGUUACCACCCACUAUGCCACCCACACCUCCGAGCCCUGUUCACGUCCAGCUUGACCCAGCCCCGGCUACGCCACUGACUUGGGCGGCAAGAGUCUCCAUGCCACCACCCCCUCCCCCGGCAGCGCUCCGCUCAGUCUCCACUCCGAUCGUUCAGAAUCCUUCGUGGCAGGAACGGUUUAAUGGCUUAUUGGGCAAGAAGAGCUCCCCUGUACGGGAAGCUGCUCAGCCAGCUGGAACAGUUCUUGCAGUUGCGUCGUCGACUAGAGAGCCUCUUGACGUUCAACAUGUACUCGUUCCAGCUGCCUCAGUUUCGCUUCCUGUUGAAGCCGGGUCAGCAGCCACGCUAGCCAGCGACACGUCGGUCACGACUAAGGAUGUCGAGAGUGAAGAUGAUCUUUUUGAGGACAGAGAGCUGGGCUCAUUGCCCACCAUCAAAUUUCCAUUGGAGACGCCCAUGUUGCCAAUGUCGCCGUUCUUCCCCUCAAAGAUAGUGGCUCCAUCACCGGAGGUUACGUCGGUGGGCCCUUUCAUGGUCAGCAACUGGUUCGAGCGCCACCGUUCCCCAGGUCCCCAGUUUGCAUUAAUAAAGUUUCCUGGUUUGUCGAAGGCCAUUAAAAAGGAGUUGCCCGUGCGAGUAUCGUCAGCGGCUCAUGUUGGCGGUAAGCAACGCUUUGGGAGCGGCCCUCCCAGCUCGUCGGGUUCUUUUGGCAGCAAAGGUUAUCGGAACAGAGGCGGACCACGGUCGAGGCAGGCAUCGAAGGCUCAUUGA